AUGGCUCACUCCCACUCCCACGAUACCGGCGUUAGCCAUUCCCAUGACGAUCCCUUCAACGGCCAUGGCCAUUCUCACGAGAUCCUGGAUGGCCCCGGCUCGUACGUCAACCGCGAGAUGCCUUUGAUCGAGGGCCGUGACUGGAAAGACCGUGCAUUCACCAUUGGAAUUGGAGGACCCGUGGGCUCCGGAAAAACAGCUCUGAUGCUGGCCCUGUCCCGCGCCCUGCGUGACCAGUACAACAUCGCAGCUGUCACCAAUGACAUCUUCACCAGAGAAGACGCCGAGUUCCUCACCCGCCACAAAGCCCUCGCCCCCUCGCGCAUCCGAGCCAUCGAAACCGGCGGAUGCCCGCACGCUGCCGUCCGCGAAGACAUUUCCGCCAACCUGCUCGCCCUGCAAAACCUACAGCGUCAGUUCCAAACCGACCUGUUGCUGAUCGAGUCCGGCGGCGACAACCUAGCGGCAAACUAUUCGCGCGAGCUCGCUGACUUCAUUAUCUACGUGAUCGACGUGGCGGGCGGCGACAAAGUGCCGCGCAAGGGCGGGCCCGGCAUCACGGGAUCGGACCUGCUGAUCGUGAACAAGAUCGAUCUGGCGGAAGCCGUGGGUGCAGACCUGAAGGUGAUGGAGCGGGAUGCAGCAAAGAUGCGCGAGGGUGGACCGACAGUGUUUGCGGUCGUCAAGGAGGGGAAGGGCCUGGAUCACAUUGUCAACUUGAUUAUCAGCGCGUGGAAGGGAAGCGGCGCGUACGAGCUGAGCUUGCAACGGUGGAAGGAGGGUGCGCCGAAGAACUCUGGAAGCUUGGAAGAGUAG